CAGCAGCAGCAGCAGCAGCAGCAGCAGCAGCAGCAGCAGCAGCAGCAGCAGCGAGAGCUGCUGCUGCAGCAGGCGUCCGCGCGGCUCGACCCGCGCUGCAGGUGCAGCAAGAGCAGCAGCAAACCAAACAGCAGCAGCAGCAGCAAGAGCUGCAGCAGCAAGAGCUGCAGCAGCAAGAGCUGCAGCAGCAAGAGCUGCUGCAGAACCCCUAA